AAAAGAAAGCAUAGUGCACGUUAACAACAUGGCGCCCAUUUGGCGCAGGUUAGAACCUCUUGAUGCUUCGUACUCUGCCUGUGUCACCUGCGGACCUCAACUCUUUCUCUCCUGGCCUUAUCCUACGCACCCUAACCUGCCUCUUCUCCGCUUCUCCUUCUGUCUCUCUAUAUCAAUUAAACAUUUAGGGUUUGUAUUUAUUAUUAUUCUCCUUUUUAUCUCUCCCUCUCUAUCUCCAUGCUUUUCAAACAGCCAGGGAUUUGGUUCUCAGGAUUAGCUUCUGGCGAUGGAGCACAGGAGACAAGCCAAUGAUUCACUCUCUUAUUCAAAUCUCUUCAAUCUCGAGUCUUUGAUCAACUUCAAAGUUCCACAACCGGAUGAUGAUUUUGAUUAUUAUACGAAUAGUAGUCAGGAUGAGAGCAGAGGUAGCCAAGGUGGUGUAAUGGCAAACUAUGGUAAUGGGAAUAUUCAAGAUAAGGACUUGAGUUUAGCUAAGAGAAAGAAGCGGUCUAAUAACAGUGACGGAGAGGAGGGAGACAGAUACAACAGUACACGAAUCACAGAGGAGCGUUAUCGUUCAAUGCUAGGGGAGCACAUUCAGAAGUACAAGAGGAGGUUUAAGGAUUCCUCGUCAGGUCCUGCACCUGCUCCAUCACGUAUGGGUUUUCCUGUUCCAAAGAGUAGUUUAGGAAGUUCAAAGACGAGAAAGCUGGGGAGUGAACAGCGAGGAGGGUUGUAUGACGUAGAAACCACAUCUGAAUGGCUUAAUGAUGUUACUCCCAUAAAACGUGGAGACUAUGUUGAAUCAGAUUAUACACCCAAAAUAUCCUAUGAACCUGCUUAUUUGGAUAUUGGAGAGGGUAUCACUUAUAGGAUACCUCCCUCUUAUGAUAAGUUGGCAUCAUCUUUGAACUUGCCAAGCUUCUCCGACAUCAGGGUUGAGGAAUUCUACUUGAAGGGCACUCUGGAUUUAGGAUCAUUAGCUGAAAUGAUGACCAAUGAUAGAAGGCUUGGACCUAGAAGUCGAGCAGGGAUGGGAGAUCCCCGGCCCCAGUAUGAGUCACUUCAGGGAAGAUUGAAGGAAUUGGCAGCUUCUAACUCAGCCCAGAAGUUCAGUCUAAAGAUAUCUGAAGCUGCUUUGAAUUCCUCCAUCCCAGAAGGGGCGGCUGGAAAUACACCACGGUCGAUUUUGUCCGAGGGUGGUGUAUUGCAGGUUUACUAUGUGAAGGUUCUGGAGAAAGGAGAGAUGUAUGAGAUUAUAGAGCGGAGUCUACCAAAGAAGCCAAAGUUGAAGAAAGACCCUGCUGUCAUUGAGAGGGAGGAAAUGGAAAAGAUUGGCAAGGUUUGGGUGAACAUUGUAAGAAGAGACAUACCUAAGCAUCAUAGAAUUUUCACUACUUUCCAUAGGAAGCAAUUAAUUGAUGCAAAGAGGUUCUCAGAGAACUGCCAAAGAGAGGUAAAAUUGAAGGUCAGUAGAUCGCUCAAACUCAUGAGGGGUGCUGCAAUUCGCACUAGGAAGUUGGCUAGAGAUAUGCUGCUGUUUUGGAAGCGGGUGGACAAGGAGAUGGCUGAAGUGAGGAAAAAAGAGGAGAGAGAAGUUGCAGAAUCUUUGAAGCGUGAACAGGAGCUUCGAGAAGCAAAAAGACAGCAGCAAAGGCUCAAUUUCUUGUUACAACAAACUGAACUUUAUAAUCACUUCAUGCAAAAUAAGCCACAAUCACAGCCCUCUGAAGCUUUGCCUGGGGAAGAUGAGAACUUGGAUGACCCAGAAAUGCGUAUGAGAUCUUCUGGAACUGGGCCUGGUGAUGAAGAAGACCCUGAGGAGGUGGAAUUGAGAAAAGAGGCUCUGAAAGCUGCUCAAGAUGCAGUGUCUAAGCAGAAGAAGUUAACAAGUGCAUUUGAUACUGAAUGCUCAAAGCUGCGUCAAGCUGCUGAUAUUGAUGCCUCAGCUGCAGGAUCUAGUGACAUAGAUCUCCAUAAUCCCUCCACCAUGCCUGUUACAUCAACUGUUAAGACCCCUGAGCUGUUUAACGGUAGCCUUAAAGAAUAUCAGUUGAAGGGUCUUCAGUGGCUUGUUAACUGUUAUGAGCAGGGUUUGAAUGGUAUACUUGCUGAUGAAAUGGGCCUUGGAAAGACUAUUCAAGCUAUGGCGUUCUUGGCUCAUUUAGCUGAGGAGAAAAAUAUAUGGGGGCCUUUUCUGGUUGUUGCACCUGCUUCUGUCUUGAAUAACUGGGCUGAUGAAAUUAGCCGUUUCUGCCCUGACUUGAAAACCCUUCCAUAUUGGGGUGGCAUUCAUGAGCGAACAAUAUUGAGGAAAAACAUCAAUGCUAAGCGUCUUUAUCGAAGGGAGGCUGCAUUUCACAUUCUAAUUACCAGCUAUCAACUGCUAGUAUCUGACGAGAAGUAUUUCCGGCGUGUGAAAUGGCAAUAUAUGGUACUAGACGAAGCCCAGGCUAUCAAGAGUUCCAGCAGUAUAAGAUGGAAGACGCUGCUCAGUUUCAAUUGUCGUAACCGCUUGCUUCUCACCGGUACGCCUAUCCAGAAUAAUAUGGCAGAACUGUGGGCCCUUCUGCAUUUUAUCAUGCCUACAUUAUUUGACAGCCAUGAACAGUUCAAUGAAUGGUUUUCCAAAGGAAUUGAGAAUCAUGCAGAGCAUGGGGGUACUUUGAAUGAGCACCAGCUCAAUCGAUUGCAUGCAAUUUUAAAGCCUUUCAUGCUUCGACGAGUUAAAAAGGAUGUGAUUACUGAGCUGACCAGAAAAACAGAAGUUACAGUACACUGCAAGUUAAGCUCUCGGCAGCAAGCUUUUUAUCAAGCUAUUAAGAAUAAAAUAUCCCUUGCUGAGUUGUUUGAUGGCAAUCGCGGACAUUUGAAUGAGAAGAAACUUAUGAGUUUAAUGAAUAUAGUCAUUCAGUUGAGAAAGGUAUGCAACCAUCCAGAGUUGUUUGAAAGGAACGAGGGAAGCACAUAUCUCUAUUUUGGAGAUAUCCCAAAUUCCCUUCUUCCCCCUCCCUUUGGCGAAUUGGAGGACAUACACUAUUCAGGAGCUAGAAAUCCUAUUACAUACCAGAUUCCAAAACUAGUGCACAAAGAGACAAGCUCUGAAGCACUUUGUUCCGCAGUUGGACAUGGUGUCUGUGGGGAACGAUUUCUGGAACUUUUUAAUAUAUUCUCCCCAGCAAAUAUUUAUCAGUCUCUAUUCAGACAAGAGGAUACCUCAAAUAGUUUGCUUGUGAAGAGUGGGACAUUUGGUUUUACACAUUUGAUGGACUUGUCACCCACAGAGGUUACAUUUCUGGCAACUGGUUCACUUAUGGAGAGGCUAUUGUUUUCUAUACUGAGGUGGAACCGCCAAUUUUUGGAUGGAAUAUUGAACUUGCUUGUGGAAGAUAUGGAUGAUGAUUCCCAUUAUAAUGACUUUGAGAGGGAAAAAGUAAGAGUUGUUACUCGGAUGUUAUUGAUGCCGUCAAGAUCCGAAACAAAUGUGUUGAGGAGGAGAUUUGCUACAGGACCUGUCGAAACUCCAUUUGAGGCUUUAGUCACCUCUCAUCAGGACAGGAUACUGUCCAACAUUAAGCUUCUUCAUUCAGUAUAUACAUUCAUCCCCCGAGCCAGAGCACCACCGAUUUUUGCCCAAUGCUCGGAUAGAAAUUUUGCUUACAAAAUGAUUGAAGAGUUGCACCAACCCUGGGUAAAGAGGUUGUUACUUGGGUUUGCCCGUACAUCUGAAUUCAAUGGACCUAGAAAGCCUGACGGCCCUCAUCCCUUAGUCCAAGAGAUCGACUGUGAACUACCUGUUUCACAACCUGCUCUUCAGCUGACAUACAAUAUAUUUGGUUCUUGUCCCCCUAUGCAAAGCUUUGACCCGGCAAAGUUGCUUACAGACUCUGGGAAGCUUCAGACUCUUGAUAUAUUGUUGAAACGUUUGCGAGCUGAGAACCACCGGGUGCUAUUGUUUGCACAAAUGACAAAAAUGCUGAAUAUUCUUGAGGACUACAUGAAUUACAGGAAGUAUAGGUACCUUAGACUUGAUGGAUCCUCCACAAUUAUGGACCGAAGGGACAUGGUGAGAGAUUUCCAGCACAGGAGUGAUAUUUUUGUGUUCUUGCUAAGCACCAGAGCUGGUGGCCUGGGUAUCAAUUUGACUGCAGCUGAUACUGUCAUUUUUUAUGAGAGUGAUUGGAAUCCAACAUUAGACUUACAGGCUAUGGAUAGAGCUCAUCGGUUGGGGCAGACAAAGGAUGUUACUGUUUAUCGACUCAUUUGUAAAGAAACUGUUGAGGAGAAGAUUCUGCAAAGAGCGAGUCAGAAGAACACUGUCCAGCAGCUUGUCAUGACAGGUGGCCAUGUUCAGGGUGAUCUGUUGGCCCCUGAGGAUGUUGUGUCACUACUUCUGGAUGAUGCUCAGUUGGAGCAGAAAUUAAGAGAAAUUCCACAACAGGCCAAAGAUAGACAAAAGAAAAAACCAACAAAGGCCAUACGGCUUGAUGCAGAAGGUGAUGCAACUCUUGAAGAUUUAAAUGAAGCUGAGGCUCAGGGCACCGGGAAUGAACAUUCUCAGGAUACGGAGAAAGCAAAAUCCAGUAACAAAAAGAGGAAAUCUGCUUCUGAUAAGCAAACUCCACCAAAGCCAAGAAAUUCACAAAAGAUGAAUGAAUCAAAUUCCACGUUGGCGGACUAUGAAUUGGAUGAUUCUUUACCAAAUACAGACCAACAAUCACAAAGAUCUAAGAGGCCAAAGAGGACAAAGAAGAGUGUAAAUGAGAAUCUUGAACCAGCAUUCACUGCCACACCCAUGACUGAUCCAACACAGACUCAAUAUGCACCUACAAAUGCGUUUGGUUCUACGCAUACAAACACACUUAACUUAACAAAGAUAUGAAGUAAAGAAGGUUAUAUCCAGUAAUAGAGCUGUGCAUCUCAGUUCAAGGUGUUGAUUGCUAACCACAUUAUGUCAGAAUGGGGACCUGGACACCACUUAUAGCUGUUCUGUUUUUGAAGCAUUAUGCGGGAGCAGCACAACUGAGGAGGCAAGCUUGGCCCUGUUAUACCAUGUACAUAUUAGCUUUUGGUUCUGGGUUAACCGAUUAGAAGAUAAAAAAAUGUAUAAAUGGGACUACCUUAUUCCUGUGAUGCUAGUAUAUAUUUCAGGUCCUGUAAAACUGUCUCCCUGAUCAGAAAAUGUUGUGGUUGGGCAAACCGGGCCUAGAAAAAAUCAUAAUGAGCAAUCAUUUGAUGGCCUUGGUUCUCUGGUGAUGUGCAAUCUUACAAAGGACCAGCUGCUUUUGGAUAUAACGUAUGCAGUACAGAGCUUUAGGUCCCCUCCUAUACAACAUUUGAGCUUGCAGAUCAAUCUGUACAUUUUUCCACUUGAAGCAAAGAAUUAGCUUUGCUGUCAACUUAAAUGGUUUCAGGACUGGAUCGGGCCAUUUGGUUCAGUUAUUUAUGACUGCGGCUAAAUCAGGUUGAACCGGCUGAAUUGGAAAGAAUCGGUUCAACCAGCAACUUCUAAUUAACUUGUUAGUUUAUUGUGUUUGUCCCUUAGAAAAAUGGCAGUAACUGUUUUUUUUUUUUUGUUAAGAUUUUACAUUGAUACUUAUAAUUUAUUUUCUCAUGGUUUAUAUGUAUAUUUUUAUUGUUUAUGUAGGUUUCAUAAUCAAAGGAGAUGUAAUGAUUUUAUCGACUA